UCAGUGCCCGCGACAACGCAACGGAGAUCGCGCGUCUCAGCCCGCCGAAAGAUCAACAAUUAUAGGCAAUUAAAGCCCCCCGAAAUCCUUAAAAAUGCCCCCGAUCAUGGGGAGAAAUGGAUCGCUCCUGCUUUUCGGCGUACUUGUGACUAUCCUGGAACUGUUCACCUCAGUGGGCGGCAAUAUGUGGACAACGUACAAUAGCAAUGCCUACCAGACCAGAAGGCGCUCAGGUCCAAGUAAUGAGUGUCCCAAGGUGGGUGCUAUAAAAAACUUCGAUUUGGAGCGGAUGAUGGGCUGCUGGUACGUGGUGCAGUAUUAUGCCUCCACGGAGGAGCUGCCGGAAUACGCCUGCAUGCGCAGUCACUUUUCCUUCUCGAAGGAAGAUCAACAUAUAACGAUGAACUUUAGCUACAUAUUCGCGGAGGAUCCGCUGCGCGAAAAGCUGGUUGGCAAUAUCACCUGGAUGAUACCCAGAUUUGAGGAACCGGGACAUUGGCAGCACACGGAGGAUAUAUAUGAGGGCAUUUACAACACCUACGUCCUGGACACGGAUUACGACACCUGGGGCCUCGUGAUGCACUGUGCCGAGAAGAUAAAGCAGCCGCGCUACCUGUCCGCCCUGCUUUUGGCCCGAAAACCGGCUCUGGCCGACAACGAGAUUAGCUUCCUGCGCGGCAAAUUACCGCAGGAUAUCGACGCAUCCUUUAUGUUCGACAUCGGGCAGGAGUCCUGCGACCACCUGAUGGAAUCGAGUCAGGACGAUCCGCUGGCCUACGUGAUAAAUGGUCGCCAGAAGGCCAAGGAAAUAUUCAAAGUUGUCAAUAAACUGUGACAAUAAACUAAUCACACAUCUAAAAACGUAUUAUUGUGUAUACCUAUCUAAAAUUUUAAAUAAAUGAUUUUUUUUUUGUACAUUAA